AUGCAGACUGCUUCUACAAACAUUUGUGAAAGAAUAGGUCGCUCACAGGAGCUCAGUGACUCCAAGCGUGGUCCCGUGAUAGGUGGUCACCUGUGCAAUAAGUCCAUCCGUGACAUUUCUUGGCUACUAAAUAUUCCACGGUCAACUGUUAGUGGGAUUAUAACAAAGUGGAAGCAACUGGGUACAACAGCAACUCAGCCACCAAGUGGUAGGCCAUGUAAAAGUAAGUGCAUGCUGAAGUACACAGUGCGCAGAAGUCACCAACUGUCUGCAGAGUCAAUAGCUAAGGACCUCAAAACUUCAUGUGGCCUUCACAUUAGCACAACAACAAGUUUGGGGAUGGUCCCUUCCUGUUCCAACAUGACUGCGGACCAG